UUGAGGUCGAACUCAGCGCCAUGAGGCCUCGGCGGCACUUGCUGCUCUUGCGUGGGAUGUUGCUUUGGGGUGAUAGUGGAGCCGCUGUCCCGCCUGGGAGAAGCGGAAUCUGGGCAGCUCGGCGCCAGUUAUCUGGCGCUGAGAGUGAUACUCUAAAACAAAGAAGAGCACAAAUCAUGUCCCGAGGACUUCCAAAACAGAAACCCAUAGAAGGUGUUAAACAAGUUAUAGUUGUGGCUUCUGGAAAGGGAGGAGUUGGAAAGUCUACGACAGCAGUGAACCUGGCACUUGCACUGGCAGCAAAUGAUUCGACAAAGACAGUUGGUUUGUUAGAUGCCGAUGUGUAUGGCCCUUCAAUUCCAAAGAUGAUGAAUCUGAAAGGAAACCCAGAAUUAUCUCAAAACAACUUAAUGAGACCUCUUUUGAAUUAUGGUAUUGCUUGUAUGUCUAUGGGCUUCCUGGUUGAGGAGACAGCACCAGUGGUUUGGAGAGGCCUUCUGGUAAUGUCAGCUGUUGAGAAAUUGUUAAGGCAGGUAGAUUGGGGUCAGCUGGACUAUUUAGUAGUUGACAUGCCACCUGGAACAGGAGACGUACAGUUAUCAAUUUCACAGAAUAUUCCCAUUUCAGGUGCAGUGAUUGUCUCCACUCCCCAGGACAUUGCACUGAUGGAUGCACACAAGGGUGCAGAGAUGUUUCGGAAAGUCCAUGUGCCUGUUCUUGGCCUUAUACAAAAUAUGAGUGUUUUCCAGUGUCCAAAAUGUAAAUACAAAACUCCUAUUUUUGGUACUGAUGGUGCCAGGAAACUAGCACGGACCCUUAAUCUUGACGUUCUAGGAGACAUUCCUUUACAUCUCAGUAUAAGGGAAGCUUCAGACAUAGGCCAGCCAGUUGUGUUCUCACAGCCUGAAAGUGAUGAGGCCAGAGCUUACCUGAGGGUUGCCGUGGAAGUGGUAAGAAGAUUGCCACCACCUCCAGAAUGAUUCCCAAGUGCCCUGGAUAGUGCCCUUGAUCAUAGGAGGACCUUUGGAAAUGAGUAGUGUGAUAGGUGGACCCUGUACAAAUUAUAACCAUAAUAGUUUCCUUUUAUUUCUAAGGAAAUAAUACCUUAUUUUCAGAUUUGAUUUACUAAGCUAUGACUUACUUGUGUAAUUUGCUUUGGCCGCAUGGGCAUUUGAAUUCAUGAUUUUGUGCUUGCUAGGCAAGUAUUCUAUGCACUAGAACCAUACCCAGCCAUCACAAAUACAGUUUUCAAGUAUCCAUGUUAACUGUUAUACUUUGGAUUUAAAAAAAAAAAAAAAAGCUGCUAUGGAUCAACUACGCCAAACUGCAUUUUAUUUUAUUGAUCACCAUCUUGAGAAAUCACAAUUAUUUGAUGUUACAAUACCAGUCUGGGAGAAAACUCUUUUGCAGGACCACAAUUGGUCAUGUAAAGAAUUUACUAAACUUGUGUAUGGACAUAAAGGUGUCACCUCUCACUGGCAUUUUAAUACUAUGGUCUAGGUUUGAAUAUUAUUAUGGUACCAUGUUAAACGAGAAUGAACCUAUGCUUCUUCUCUAGACUGGACUUUACCUCAGCUUUAAUGAAUCUGAAUCUCCAGGGUGGUACUUGGGCAUAUUUUUUUAACAAUGAUUUUGAUGAUGGCUUGGCUAAUAAUGGCAAUAAUGAUAAUAAAUAUUAAUGUUUAUCAAGUAUAUUUUGUGUGCUUGUAAUCUUCUAUUCAUGAGUGAGGUUGUACUGUUCAUUUAAUUUUUUUUUACAAAUAAAGAAAUGGAGGUAUAGGAAAGUUAAAUGUUACCAAGGGUUACCUUUUCUAAUACAUAAUAAAGCUGGGAUCCAACCACUUGGGUAUUUGGAUAUUGAAUUCCUCCUUUUGUGUACAAAUGUGCAUUUUUCAAUUUCAAAGGAGAGAAAUAUUUAUUUUUGAGAUCAAAUUACCCCUAACCUUCCUUUUAUGACAUUUCAUGAGUUCAUGCUUCAAAGAAUACACCUUGAAAAACAUGUAUGUUAUUUAAUUGAAGCUCAGAGUGAAGGAUGUUGCAAAGUCAAGAAGCAAAUAGUUGUAAAGUUAUAGGUACUGAUAGGAGUUAAUCCUCAGUUACGGUAAGUCUUCUGUGACCUUCAGCUCUUUUAUUCUGUAGUUAUCAGGCAGAAAGUUAGAAUUGCCAUCAUUACGAAAAUAUUUUCACACAAAAACCUCUACUUGAUAUUGCAGCCUUAUGUGUAAUACCCAAAACAAACCAAAAUUUCUUCAGCAAGUAAAUGGUGGAACAUCCUGAUCAUGAAACCACAAUUUAAAGUUUAAAAACAAUGAAACAAUAUGAAUUCCAGUGAAGAAGGAUGCUGAAUGUCAAAACGAUCCCAUAAGAAUACACACACGUGCGCACGUGCACACACACACACACACACAAUUUCAUUUAUAAGAACACAUUUCUGGCACUAUGUUAAGGAGGCAUAGGAAUAGAAGUAAAUGUGGCUAUAAGAACAAUUUGAGUGAUCAUAGUGAUGAUGAAAAUAUCCUAUAACCAUGACUGUUUUGUUACAUCUUUGUUUUGAUAGUUCCAUGUUACUAUUGGAGCAAACUGUGUUAAUAUAGAAUAGCUCUGUAAGAGGCAACUUAAAAGAUGCUUUUGUCAUGUCUUGUGAAUUAAUUAAACUUCUCGCAACUCUGUAUCUGUGCCCUUUAUCUGAGUUAUUCUGUUUCAGUCAACUUUGCAAUCACUAUGGACUCCAAGGAAGACCAGAUUCACAGAUAAGCAUGUUAUUUAGAAGGAACGUCGCCCUUUAGACAAGCAAUGUCUUCUUAUCUUAAAAGCAAGAGCCAAAAUUCAGGAAACCAUCUUGUUUCUGUUCUGUUCCAGUAAUAAAGUGAUAACUUUUUACACCUG